AUGGCUUCCAGAUCAGAGGAGGAUCUCUGCUGUUCCGUCUGUCAGGACGUCUUCAGAGAUCCUGUCGUUCUCUCAUGUAGCCACAGCUUCUGUAAAGACUGUCUGCAGAGCUGGUGGAGACAGAAACCAACACGAGAGUGUCCAAUAUGUAAGAGGAGAUCUUCAAGGACAGAUCCUCCCUGUAACCUGGUCUUAAAGAACAUGUGUGAGUCCUUCUCACAAAAGAGAGGUCAGAGAUCUUCAGAGGAUCUCUGCAGUCUGCACUCUGAGAAACUCAAACUCUUCUGUUUGGACCAUCAGCAGCCAGUGUGUGUCGUCUGCAGAGAUUCAGAACAACACAUAGACCACAGAUUCAGACCCAUCGAUGAAGCUGUCCACGAGCCCAGGAGGAUUCUUCAGGAAACUCUGGAGCCCUUGAAGGAUAAGUUAAAUGUUUUUGAACAAGUUAAAGUGGAGUUUCAUCAAACUGCAAAACACAUUCAGGUCCAGGCCCGACACACAGAGAGGCAGAUUAAGGAGCAGUUUAAGAAGCUUCACCGGUUUCUAGAAGAGGAAGAGGAGGCCAGGCUGUCUGCAUUGAGGGAGGAAGAGGAGCAGAAGAGUCAGAGGAUGAAGGAGAAGAUGGAGGCUCUGAGCAGAGAGAUAGCAGCUCUUUCAGACUCAGUCAGAGCCACAGAGGACGAGCUGAGAGCUGGAGACGUCUCAUUCCUGAAGAACUACAAGGCUGCAGUGGAAAGAGUCGGGCUUUGCCUCCUGAUAGAGGAUCCACAGCUGCCCUCAGGAGCUCUGAUAGACCAGGCCAAACACCUCGGCAACCUGAGCUUCAACAUCUGGAACAAGAUGAAGGACAUGGUCUCCUACAGUCCUGUGAUUCUGGACCCAAACACUGCUGGUUCUAGACUCAUCCUGUCUGAAGAUCUGACCUGUGUGAGAUUAGUAGAGAAGCAGCAGCUUCCUGCUAAUCCAGAGAGGAUUAAUCCUUCCACCUCUGUCCUGGGCUCUGGGGGCUUUAACUCAGGGACUCACAGCUGGGAUGUCGAGGUUGGAGACAGUACAGGCUGGAUAGUGGGUGUGUUAGCAGGGUCUGUUCAGAGGAAGGGAGGCGUUUUUUCUUCAUUAUGGGGAAUAGGGUUCUAUGAAGUUCAGAAGUUCCAGAGGAUCAGAGUGAGUCUGGACUGGGGCAGAGGAGAGCUGUCGUUCUCUGAUCCUGAUGCUAACACACACAUACACACCCUCACACACACUUUUACUGAGAGGAUGUUUCCGUUCUUUGGUAGUAAAAAUAAUCUAAAGAUGUUACCUGUGAAGGGACAGUGGAGCGUCUAA